GUACUGGCGGGCAGUCUGUCGUGAGUAGGUGGGGUCAUCAAUCACCACUCCUUAUCUUCACUUAGCGAAACAAACAGAGGUUAAGCGGCGACAACUGCGAAGCUGUGGGAAGCUUAUCUGAAGUUUUUUGAACUGACAAGUUUCAGUACGACUUUCCGAACAUGGCUGGCGGUGUUUCAAGGGAAAUACAACAUCUGAGAACGGACCGGAUCACAGAAGUACAACAGUACAAGAUGGCAGGACUGUGUUUUGUGAUCCAGAAAGCCUCCUCAACACUGAUCUCUAUCACUGAGCUGACCUUCAUCUUUCUGCUGUGGUUUGUUCCUGAACUUUCUCUUUGUUCCCCAGUAACAGCAGGUGUGAAUGGAAAUGUGCAGAUAUUCUACUGCGAAGGAUGUGCUCCAAAUGUGACCAAAGUCUUUUGCAAUGAUGAGAACCUGCUUGAUCACAGCCACAUCAUCCCCAAGUGCUCUGGCCCUCCACAACCCAACAGUGUCUGCCAGCGUAAUGGUUCGGUAUUUGCUUCCACCAACACCAGUGGUGUCUGUGAGUUUGAAGGAGAAAAUCACAUUGAGACAAAAAAAUGUCCAGGCCCCUACAACAUCUGUUGUUUUAAUGGUUCCACAUCAUCAUCACCAGUCAGCCCGCAUGGUCUGAAGGCAACAGAACAUAUUGUGAUUGGAGUAGUUGGUAAGUUCUCAUUACAAUUAGUUGUUCAUGCACCAUAUUUGUCCUGCAUGUGGGAAAGCACCUGAUGACUUCAGAAGAUCGUAAAUCUACCUGUCACUGCUUUAAACGCAUGCUUUCCACUAAAUAUAGCUUGAUGAAAUAAUUAUGGCUUCUUACACCUCUCCUUAGUAAACUAACUCACUUUUAUUACGCCAUACUAUCUCUUCCUGCUUUGCUGAUGACCAAAAUAUUCUUUCAACUGUUAAUAGUCAGUCAGGUGAGAUCUAUAUAUAUUAUAGUAUUUCAGUAAUUUGUAUUGAUGCACUUCUAUAAAAUACUCUCUCUUGUUUUCACAGUUUUAGUACUAGGAUUAGUACUGUUUGCAUGUUUUUGGAAAAACAGACAGACCAGACAGCCGAAUCCGGAACAACAAAGGUGACUGAAAAAUAUAAUUAUUCAUCUUUGAAUGUGUUUAUGUAUUGCAACAUCAUUAAUAUUAAUACGAACAUGUUUCAGUGACCCUGGUCAGACUGAAGCCCUUCAAAGAUCUGGAGAUGAGAGGUCAGUGAUCAUUAAAUAUAUAUGCAUAAUGUACAGAUGUUAAUGAACUCAUUUUAAAACUUCUUUUCAUAUCUUUAGAGCACCUCUAGCUGAUCCUGGAUUGGAUAAUGACACCUCUCCUUCUCAGUGUGACAGCAGAGUCUAAACCUGAGAAGUUAUUAGGGAAACGAUUCUCCCUGAAACAUAUCCUGCUUCUUCCCCCAAAAAGUCUGUCGUCCGCUUUGUAAUGACCAAAUUGGAAAUCAUCCUGCCAGUGAACUCAGUCAGUGUUUCAUGAAACUGUGCAACGUACAGUAGAACUAUAACGUGUGGAGGAGAAAUGCUUUUUAAAACUUACUUUGGGGCAAAGUCACUGAAGUUUUUAAAUGAUUUUUAUAAUAUUUGACAGUUGAUUCUGUACGCACAGAUUUUAUGUACGAGUGACCACUCACACUGCAGUUUUGGCUGUUGUAAUAUUUUAAAUUAUGGGACAGUGUCAGACUGAAAUGAACUUUUUCAAUGUCAUGUUAAAAAUAUGAAGUUUAAGGUUUAAAAACUGAUAUAAAGUUGUCAUGUUUGAAAGAAGCAGCUGCACUGACCCGUAAAAUGAAUAUAUUAAUGCACGGUCAACAAUUUUCUGUCAGCAUUCCUCUAUUUAAUCAUAUAUACAUAUUCUACACCAGUUGUUUUUACUGAAAUCAAUCUCUAUAUUCCACGUUGCUCUCCGUUAUAACAACCUGUUCCACUUGACUGAAGUAGACGGCACACGAUCGCUUACUUUGUUUGGAAGAAGAGUCACAUGAUGCAUCAAACUUCCCAUUUUAUCUGAUUGGACUCUGAGGCUAAAGCAGGAAGUCUGAGUUCACAAAGCCUGUCUAUGUCAAACUUACUUCGUGGUACAUCUCUGUGGUGCUAUUAGCCAAAGUUACUACUCUGUGGGUGUUACCAAGAUGGCUGCUGAGUGGAGAGAUUUGCCUACUAAGACUUUACUUAAACUUAGGCAGCUGAAUUUUUCUGUGUCUUUCUA